AUGGCAGCCGACGUCAGCGCCCGGGUGCACCUCGUGGCCGAGAAGCUGCAGCAGAAGGCGCAGGAUGCGCAACGCAAGGGCAACGAGGGCGCCGCGCGCGCCUUGGCGUCCUCUGUGUCGGAUCUGCGUCAAGCCAUGGCGCUCAUCGCGGAACAGCGGCAUUUACUGGCGCGUCGACGUGGCGAGGGCGAUGAGGAGGACGACGACGCUGACGCGCACACCCAGGAGCUAGCAACGCGACUUGCGCGAGUAGAGACGAUGCUGGGUAAGAAGUCGGACGAUAUGAAAGCCAAGGGCAACGAGAACGCGGCGGCGGCGCUGCAACAGUCGGCGUCGACCGUGGAGCAAGGCCGCAAGCGACUCAUGGAGCAACAGCAGACGAUCUUUGGACUUCUGGGACGCUGGGAAGCGAUAGAGGACGUGGUAGACGGUAAGAAACGCGACAAGGAGACGCACAAGGAGCAGGAGACGCCUCCUGAGCGACUUAUUGCCCGAGUGCGUCGUCUUGUGCAGCUGGAAGCUGUUAUAAUGGAAAGUUUCCACGAGCAUAACGAGACUGAAGUGAAGAUAGAGAUAGAGAGACUCAAACAGGGAGACAGGGAGCUGGAAGCUGCGCGAGAAGAAGCGUUGGAGGCUCAGGAGAGGCUGAAACAGGAAAGUUUGGCACUAGAAGAGCUGAGGCAAGAGCUGGAGAGGACGAAGGAGAGAGAAACGCUGAGACAGGAAGAAGACGCGAUGCUGCUGGAGCAACAGCGAGAAGCGUGCCAAGCGAUGGAGCAGCUGGUGCGUGAGAGCGACCAGGAGAUCCAACGCAUGACGCAGAGCGCAGCAGCAUGGCGUCGGAGAAAGAGAGACUGGUGA